CUGAGCCUCAAAAACAAGGUAGGAGAACCCAGCUGACUGACAGAGUGCUCUCAGCUGUUUGUGUGUAUAUGUGUCUCAAUAGUUCACUUCAUAGUUGAGAGCUAGAGAGACCCAAGCUGAGAGGGGGAAAGAGAAAAAGAGAGAAAGACAAAGAGAGAAUAUGCCAGCAUGCACCCACCAUGGGAGUGUUAUGCUGCGAGCGACUAAGCUGACGCCAUGGACAAAGAGAGGUGGAGUUCUAAAGAUGCUCCCAGAGCUUCAAUGCCUGACGAACUUUCUCAUCCUAAGUUCUCCGAAUGGAAGUUUAAGCUCUUUCGGGUCAGAUCAAUUGAGAAGGCCCCCCUGCCUAAUGACGCAACGGUGGAGAAGGAGAACCAGGCUGAGGUGGAUAUGGAGAUGGUGGGCUCCCCAGGAAGCGUUAUGAGGCUCUGUUUUGGGGGGAAGAGUAAGGAAAACGUGGAGGGAUCUCGAGAGAGAGUGGAUCUCAAGCUGCAGGAGAUUGAUACACAUAUGAAUAUAUUAAAAAGCCUUUGUCGUCUGUGUGGCCUCUCUAUAUGGAAAGCUAAAGGUACGGCGCAUGAAGUCCAGGGCGACCUGGAAGAGUCCAGCAGGUGUGCUUUGCGCCGGAUGGGCUGCAAGUUGGCAACCUGGCCUGAGGUCAUCUUGAAGGUCUUCACGGUGGACGUGAAGACCGACAUGGAAACGGUCCAUCCGUCCCUGUUCUGUCACCGGUGCUGGAUGGCUGCCAUGAGGGGAGGAGGGUUCUGUUCUUUCAAAAGGACCAGGAUCCCAGUCUGGAAGCCCCACACCUCAAACUGCAACCUGUGCUUCCCCAAGAAAAGCUCUUAUGAACGGAUGAGAAAGAAGCGGACCAAGCCACUUAAAGGUGCACAUAGCCUUACGAAGAGAAUCAAGAAGGACUCCUCAGCAUCCUCAGGGGCCAAUAGAGUGUGGAGACAGUCCACAGAGAAUCAAGGGGGAUCAGGUGGGAAGGACUGGCUAAACCCAUCUGUUCAGAGAGGACAAUGGGUGAAGACCAUUACACUCUGCCAGAGAGACCAUCUGAGCUCAAAGCUCAUCCCCCAAGAGCUCCCAAUGGACUUGCUAUGUGCCGUUACCUGCCAAGUGUGUGAUCACCUUCUUUCCGACCCAGUCCAGUCCCCAUGCCGACACCUGUUUUGCCGGGUCUGUAUCGUAAGGUACAGUCACGCUUUGGGGCCACACUGUCCCACCUGUAACCAACAGCUGAAUCUAUCCCAGCUGACCAGGCCAGCCAAGUUCUUUCUCUCCACUCUCAGCUCCCUGCCUCUUCUCUGCCCCAGCGAAGGCUGCAAUCAAUGGGUCAGAUUAGACUCCUUUAGAGAACACUGCCUCAACCACUAUCAUGACAAAGAGUCCCAUGAAGAACGAACAACUUCAGAACCAAACCUAGAUGUGUACCUGCCCAUCAACAAAGGUGGGCGUCCUCGACAGCAUCUGUUGUCGCUGACCCGGCGGGCACAGAAGCACAGGCUUCGAGACUUGAAGAACCAGGUGAAAGUGUUUGCCGAUAAGGAAGAAGGAGGGGAUGUGAAGUCGGUCUGUUUGACGCUCUUCCUUCUGGCGCUGAGAGCGGGGAAUGAACACAAACAAGCAGACGAGCUGGAAGCCAUGAUGCAAGGCAGGGGAUUUGGCCUACAUCCUGCAGUGUGUUUGGCCAUAAGAGUCAACACCUUCCUCAGCUGUAGUCAAUACCACAAGAUGUAUCGCACUGUCAAGGCCACAAGUGGCCGCCAGAUAUUCCAGCCUCUGCACACUCUACGAAGUGCUGAGAAAGAGCUUCUUCCUGGUUUCCACCAAUUUGAGUGGCAGCCGGCUCUCAAAAAUGUUUCCAGCUCCUGGAAUGUGGGCAUCAUUGAUGGCCUCUCUGGCUGGAUGGACUCUGUGGAUGAUGUCCCUGCUGACACCAUUGCUAGAAGGUUCCGCUAUGAUGUCGCCCUCGUCUCGGCAUUAAAAGACCUGGAGGAGGACAUCAUGGAGGGACUGAGAGAAAAGGGGCUGGAUGACAGCACGUGCACCUCAGGCUUCACCGUGGUGGUAAAAGAAUCAUGUGAUGGUAUGGGAGAUGUCAGCGAGAAACAUGGAAUGGGUCCAGCUGUGCCUGAAAAGGCAGUGAGGUUUUCCUUCACGGUCAUGUCCAUCUCCAUCCGAGCUGAAGGUGAGGAGGAGGCCGUCACCAUCUUUCAGGAGGAGAAGCCAAACUCAGAGCUCUCCUGUAGGCCUUUGUGUCUCAUGUUUGUGGAUGAGUCAGACCACGAGACCCUCACAGCCAUCUUGGGACCUGUGGUGGCAGAGCGGAAAGCCAUGAUGGAAAGUCGGCUAAUUCUGUCUGUCGGUGGUCUUCAGCGCUCCUUUAGGUUCAUCUUCCGAGGGACAGGCUAUGAUGAGAAGAUGGUACGGGAAAUGGAAGGCCUAGAAUCUUCUGGUUCCACUUACAUAUGUACCCUCUGCGACUCAACUCGAGCCGAAGCUUCUAAUAACAUGGUGCUACAUUCCAUCACACGUAGCCACAAUGAAAACCUUGAACGGUACGAGAUCUGGAGAACAAAUCCAUUCUCUGAGUCUGCCGAAGAGCUCCGUGACCGGGUCAAGGGUGCAUCCGCCAAGCCUUUCUUGGAGACCCAGACCACCCUGGAUGCCCUGCACUGUGACAUUGGCAAUGCGACUGAAUUCUACAAGAUCUUUCAGGAUGAGAUUGGAGAAGUCUACCAGAAAAGCAACCCAAGUCGAGAGGAGCGUCGUAGUUGGCGGUCAGCCCUGGACAAACAGCUGAGAAAGAAACUCAAACUCAAGCCUGUGAUGAGGAUGAACGGAAACUUUGCCCGUCGAUUGAUGACACGUGAGGCCAUUGAGGUCGUCUGUGAGCUUGUUCCUUCCGAGGAACGUCGCAAGGCACUACAGAAGCUGAUGGAACUCUACCUCCAGAUGAAGCCAGUGUGGCGUUCCACCUGUCCCGCCCGAGACUGCCCUGACCAACUGUGUCAGUAUAGCUACAACUCUCAGCAAUUUGCCGACCUCCUUUCCACCAUGUUUAAGUAUCGCUAUGACGGCAAAAUCACCAACUACCUCCACAAGACCCUGGCCCAUGUGCCUGAGAUCAUCGAAAGAGAUGGAUCAAUUGGAGCAUGGGCCAGUGAAGGUAAUGAGUCGGGAAACAAGCUCUUCAGACGCUUUCGCAAGAUGAAUGCAAGGCAGUCUAAAACAUUUGAACUUGAAGAUGUUCUGAAACACCACUGGCUGUACACCUCCAAGUAUCUACAGAAGUUUAUGGAGGCUCACAGGAAUUCUGAAAAAGCUCUGCAAGCCACAUUCAACCCAGAAGAAACCCCAGAUGAAGUUGACAUAGCUCUUGAUGUGCAAGAUUUUUGAUUGACUUUCUUUAAUGGACCAUUUUUCUUUCUAAAAAAUUGUUAAGUAAAUGAUUUUAUUUCUUGAGAUGAGAUGCAAUAUUAGGUGUAAUAGCUUUAUUAUUCACUUGCAUUAAUUUUUAAGAUAGUGCAUAGAAGUGAGCUAAAUUGUUUUAUGGCAGAGAUAAAAGUGUAUGGGAAUGGCAAUUCUUUCUCCCCAGAUUUAACAGGCAAAUGUUCUGUAUUUUAUCUCUUGCUGCUUGUGAAAUUUUAGGGAGUUUUUUGUAUUGGCAGGAUGUGAUACCUUCACAAAUUCAUACAGAAGGGUUAUUUAUGUGAACGCACAAGGGAACUGUAAGUCACUGGAAUUGUGCUAAAGGAGCCCCACUUCUUUGAUGGCUGUAUAAAUAUAUCACACAUGUCAAAAGCAAAAUGGAAACUCAAACUGCCUCCAUUGUGUGAGAGCCAAAGAGAGGGAUAACUUUAUUUCCAUCCUGUACAUAACAAUUUUCUGAUCGGGCUUCACUGGGCACAAAUGACCCUGAAUGACCCAUAGACACUAUAUUACAUUAUUUGCACAUUCAAGUAGAUUCUGAAUAUUGGCAUACUCUACCUCAGUUUUCAGUCUUCAAUCCCACAAGUCCCAAGGACACUUGCACCACGCCAUUCUCAAAUACAUUUUCAAACCCAUUCUUGAAGAAAUGGACAUUUCUUUUACAGAAAAAAAUCACCUAUUGACUUUAUUGAUUUUUAAAGUUUCUUUAUGGUUAUAUGUGUUACUUAUUCACCGUAUAAACAUUUACCUCAGUUGAUUAAUUAUGUUUUUUGUUUAUUGGUUCUAGAUUACAUUCAUUGUGUUUACAUUGUACUCCUUCAAACUGAGAAGUAUUUCAGUGAUCCACUGUUUACUUUAUAAAUACAUUUGAUUAAUUUCUUGUCUUAAUUGAUUUGAUUUCUUUGAUAUUAUACAUGUAUUUUGUAUUUUAACCCUAAACUUUGGGUACUACUAGUUGUUAUAUUAGCUAUUCUUUUAGUAAUCCAAAGGUACCUCUCAUGAUUAUAUUUUGGGGACAUGUUGUGAGGGUAAAAUUGCAUGUCUGUUUAUAUACUAUAACUUUAUGCUGAAGACAUGAGCAUGUUUCAUGGCAAUAUUACAUUUUUGUUCUGUUUUAAAUGAUUUGGAAUGAAACCCUUUGCUUUGGAUAAACCAUUCUUUAUUGUAAAAAUAAUUAUGUUUGUAGACUUGCACAAAGACACUGGAAAUGUUCUUGACUCAACAUUAUUUCUUUCUUUUACUGUGUCAGAACAUUACAGGGAUUAUUGUAAUUCAUAAACAUGUGGAUUGAUACUUUGCAUUUGGCAUGUCAAUUAUUGAAUAUAAUUUUGUAAUAAAUUACAUUUUACUCUUGCUCUGCCACAUUGUUCAUAAAAAGG